AUGGAAAUGAACCACCUCAUUGGCUAUGUCGGCACUCUUCACGAAAUCAAUCCCGAAGCCUCGACGAUAGCUCUCGAGAAUGUCAUGUCAUAUGGCUCCGAAGGGCGCCGGGGGAACCCUGCUACCGAAGUGCCUCCCUCCACCAGCGUCUACGAAUACAUUGUCUUCCGUGGAAGUGAUGUAAAGGAUAUUAGUAUCGCUUCAGAGGAGGAGAAGGAGGCUCCGCAGCCGGAGGCCCCUCCGGUUCCAGAUGACCCGGCCAUCCUCGGAGUAAGUGACGUCGAGCUCGCCUCACAGACAACGAUUCCAUCCCAUUUUGCGACAAUGAGUCACUUGUGGCUUUGCGGAUUGAUCAAAUGA